AUCAUCUUUGCACACUGCGCUGUGAUUGGUGGAAAGGCUUCGCAAAACCGGAAGCGCAGCCAUCUCCAGUGUUGUAAUCAUCUUUGAAACAUGGUAGCUUGGGAGGCGCUGACUUGACUGACUGACAUUUUUGAUAAGGUUGCCCUGCCCUUUAACGACAUUUCCCUCACUAAAUGGUUUGACUUACAGCCGGAUUGACGCUUUGUUGUGGCCGCCGUCCUUGCAACCAAACCAACUCUGAAACGACUGGAGUGAGCUGCAGUCGACUUCCCUGAGACAUUGCGCGUCAAGACACCUGUGGACACACCCUCCCGACUAUCAGGAGACCUCGACGAGAGAAUGUGGCUGCCCUUGAUUGGAAUGACUGCCCUGCCACACCUCGGUGGGCUUUACGGUGGGUACAUCACGCGCAAAGAGGUGAAGACCUGGUACCCCACCUUAGAGAAACCGUCAUGGCGGCCACCCAACGCAGCCUUCCCGGUGGUGUGGACCUGCCUGUACACAGGGAUGGGCUACGGCUCGUAUCUGGUUUGGAAGGAGCUGGGAGGUUUUACAGAGGAGGCGCUGGUGCCGCUCGGUCUGUACGGCGUUCAGCUGGCGCUCAACUGGGCUUGGACUCCCAUCUUCUUUGGGGCACACAAGCUCAAACUGGCCCUCAUCGAGAUCGUGCUUCUAACAGGGACCGUUGGCGCCACCAUGUGGUCGUGGUACCCCAUCAGCCGACCCGCCACUCUGCUCAUGGCGCCCUACCUGGCCUGGCUGGGCUUGGCCACCUCGCUUUGCUACCGCAUUUGGAAGGACAACCCUGAGACCAAAGAGGAGUAGGAGGCGUUUAACAUGACUUCCGCAAAGAACAAAGCACAAUCAGCCUUAACCUUUUUUUUUUUUGCACCUUUUGACUUUACUGAUUUAUUGACUCUUGUAUGAUUGAUUUCCUUUUUUCCCAACCAGAAAUCUUUUGUCUUCACAACAACUUAAUCAUUGAAGUAUAUGACUGCACUAUAUACUUCUUUUAUGUUGUACUUAAUCCAAUAAAAAAAGUUAUUCCUAUUAUUGCACAGGUACCAAAAGAAGAUUCUACUUAAAGUCCGCUUGGCUCAUUAAAACCAUGUCAUAUUAUGUACAACGGCACAUAUUUGCUAUUGUAUGAAGAAGGUCAUUGAAUGCAUGAUUUCUGCUUGUAUUAAACUGUGGAUUUAUGUCAUUUUACUACACAGUGAGAUUAUAUAAAUAAAUAAACUAAACCAUAAAA